GAGAUUGUGACUCCCGGCACCAAUCUCGUCAUCCGCAUCGCGCGGCCGUUCCACAAAAAUGCGGCACAAGCGGCCAUUACCCUUCAGAGGGGAGGUACCACUCUCCCCAGUUCUUUGAGCGUCAGCGAGGAUGAUGGCACCGUGACGCUGUCCACCGAGGGCCUCUCGACCGGACGAUACUAUUUGGCCAAGGACACGACCGUUGGCAAGAUUUUCCUCGACGACUCCUCCAGUGUCCCGGACCUCGCCAACUCGGAGGCCAUCGCCUAUGCCCCCGGUGCACAGGCAUUGGGAUUCACGGGACGGGGUGUCCACGUGGCCGUGUUCGAGGCGGGACCGGCAGACCUGGCCAACCUAUCGUUUGCCGGACGGUACCAGCCCAACCCCGUGGUAGGCGACCAGCACUCCCGCUUGACCAGCGCCAUCAUCAAGAACGCGGAGCCUAACAAGCCGCACGGCUACGCCCCCGACUGCGACCUCUACUCGGCCAACACAUUCGGCAACGAUGCGCUGCUCUGGGCGGUCGCCAGCCCGCACCACGGCGACCGCGAGCUCCCCGAGCUAGCCGCCAACGGCACCACCGUAACGGCAGUGGGUGUGAUGGGCUCGGGAACCAGCUUCGCGGCGCCGGCCGUGGCGGGCACGGCGGCGCUGAUCCAGUCGGUGAACGCCACCCUCAAGUCGUGGCCCGAGGGAUGCCGGGCCAUCCUGCUUGCCAGCGCCGACCGCAACGUCUCGGGCGGCACCUGGGGCCAGGACCUUGUCGUCAGAAAGGACGCGUCCGACGGCGCUGGCGCCCUCAACGCCCAGAACGCCGUCCUAAUCGCCCAGUCGAAGAGCGCCAGGAACAACUCCCCAGCCCUAGUCCGCGGGUGGGACGUCGGCUCGCUGGUCCCGGCCGACUUUAAUGCCACCACAAGGCUGUCCACCUUCCGCUACAAGGUCCAAGUGCCGUCGAGCCCGGUCGUCCUGCUCCGCUACACGGUCAAGGUGGCCCUGGCGUGGGACAGCAAGGUGACCCUGAAU